GUGACACGGGAGGAAACCGAAAGCCAGCUAGUGCCCUGAAUGCGGUUUAGCGAGCUCAGCCCGCCGAAGCCGAGGCUGGAACUGGCGGAAGUGACGUUAUCAACGCGCGUCACGAGUUCAGUGGGGUCGUCAAGGGUCGCCGUGGCGGGCGCCUGGGCCGCCCGGGGUUUAACUUGGUUUCCGCGGGCUCGUUGUCAUCUCUGCAGUGACUCCAGCAAAUGUCUGAAUAUUUCCUCUGUACCAGUGAGUGAAAUGUGGGCCUUUGGACAAUAACCUGUAACUUUGGAAUAUCAGCACCACUAUUUCCUGGUGUGUGAAGAAGACCCAGAGGGUUGCGGAAGUUGAUAGGAAGAGCGAGCUGGGGAUGCUCUAGGUAAAGACUGAGAGCCGCAGGAAGUGAGCACCAUGGAUCAGAACAGCAGCCUGCCGCCCUACGCCCAGGGCUUGGCCUCUCCCCAGAGCGCCAUGACCCCUGGGAUCCCCAUCUUCAGUCCCAUGAUGCCUUAUGGCACAGGACUCACACCACAGCCUGUUCAGAACACCAACAGCCUGUCUAUUCUGGAAGAGCAGCAGAGGCAGCAGCAACAGCAGCAGCAGCAGCAGCAGCAGCAGCAGCAACAGCAGCAGCAGACAGUGGCAGCCGCAGCCGCAGCUGUGCAGCAGGCAGCACCUCAGCAAGCAGCUCAAGGGGCCUCGGGCCAAACCCCACAACUCUUCCAUUCGCAGACUCUAACAACUGCACCCUUGCCGGGCACCACCCCCCUGUACCCCUCCCCGAUGACCCCCAUGACCCCCAUCACUCCGGCUACACCAGCCUCGGAGAGCUCUGGGAUCGUGCCGCAGCUGCAAAAUAUUGUAUCUACAGUGAACCUUGGUUGUAAACUUGACCUAAAGACAAUUGCACUUCGUGCCCGAAACGCUGAAUAUAAUCCCAAGCGGUUUGCUGCUGUAAUCAUGAGAAUAAGAGAGCCGCGAACCACAGCGCUGAUUUUCAGUUCCGGGAAGAUGGUGUGCACAGGAGCCAAGAGUGAAGAACAGUCUAGACUCGCAGCAAGAAAAUACGCUAGAGUUGUGCAGAAGUUGGGUUUUCCAGCCAAAUUCUUGGACUUCAAGAUUCAGAAUAUGGUGGGGAGCUGUGAUGUGAAGUUUCCUAUCAGACUGGAGGGGCUGGUGCUUACCCACCAGCAGUUCAGCAGCUAUGAGCCAGAGUUGUUUCCUGGAUUAAUCUACCGAAUGAUCAAACCUAGAAUUGUUCUCCUUAUUUUCGUUUCUGGAAAAGUUGUAUUAACAGGUGCUAAAGUCAGAGCAGAAAUUUACGAAGCAUUUGAAAACAUCUACCCCAUUCUAAAGGGAUUCAGGAAGACGACGUAGUGGCUGUCAUGCGUUCCUGUUCCCCCAGCGCCCCCUGUUCUUUAAGCAAAUCAGUUUGGUACCUUUCAUGGUGGUGGUGUGAGAAGACGGAUGCUCAGGUGUAGGCUGCAUCACAAGCAGCUCUUCUGGCCAGGCCCCCGUGGGAUGCCGGGAAGGGCUACUCUCCUGCACUGAGAACACCGCGGCGUUACUGUGAGUUGCUCGUACUGUGCUGCUAUCUGGGCAGCGCUGCCCGUUUAUUUAUAUAUAGAUUUUAAACACUGUUGACAGGUUGGUUUAAGGGAUAAAACUUGUAAGUGAUGAAGCCACCUAUACAAUUGGACUUAUUUUGUUUAAUUUUUUCCCCAUAAACCACAGUUUUUAUAUUUCUACCAGAAAAGUAAAGAUCUUUUUUAAAAGUGUUGUUUUCUAAUUUGUAACUCCUAAGGGUUAUUUUUGUGCCAGACACAUUCCACCUUUGCAGUAUUGCAGGACAGAAUAGAUGUAUUAAUGGAAACAAAUGGCUGUACAUAUUUUUCUUUCUUCAGAGUUCUCUGUACAAUAAAUGCAGUUUACAGAAGUGGUAGGUUGUUGUUAUGCCUUGUAAGUCACGUGAUCAUACUGUUACAAACUGUAUUUUAGAUACAAUGGUUGAAAUCA